CAGGCAGACCCAACCCUCUGCUGUGUCGAGCUCAUCGACAAGCCGCUUUGGGGCGACGACAGAGAAAGCAACACACCCGAAGCGUGUACGCUUGCAACCCCACCGACGAUCCAUCACUAUCAGGGGAGCGAUGAAAGUCCCACCCAAGCAAGAGAGGAGCAUGAGUAUGCGGCGCGCUUGCACCGGGCCCAUUAACACGCUGGUCAAAUAUGAUCCUUUAGCUCCUCGCCUGCAUGUAAUGCGUAAUUGGUCAUUAGUGGGCGGCACCAAAAACGGUCCUAGCGUUCUGGAGUGCCGGCUUGCAAUCUCGCAAGGGCGUCUUCGAUAUUGAAGAAGUCCGGAGGUCCGGA